AUCUUCAUAAUAGAACAUCUUUGAAUUUGAUCAGCUGACUCCUGAAUGUACUUGUUACAAAACAUUACAAACAAACGUACAGUACUGUUACAUCAAAAUAGAGACAGAAGCCGUAAAGGUUACAUGUGAUUUUAAUUGAAUGUAGCCCCCGAAAUAUGAUAACCAAUGGAUCCUGCUACGACCGCAUCUCCAGUACAGAACGACAGUGAGAUAGAGUGAGUAACAACCUUCAGUACAGAGCUGGUCUGAUUAGAUCACAUAUAAGCGCAACUUUUAUCACCGAAACCUGUUCAGUGUGUUGUUAAUUUUGGUUGAAAUUAUAUAUUACUGCGCAUUUGUGCUCCAACAGCACCUUUUCAGCUGAGAUAUUAGAUAUCAGUGUUUUGAUAUUUAACGUAUAUAUUACAAUUCAUUGCCAGAAAUAUGUGGUAUUUAUGAAUGUAGUUAAAUAACUCUGUAACACAACGACUCACCUUAUUGUCUUUUAAGUCUCUGGUUGCCUAAUUUGAUAAAGACUAGGAAAACAUAUAUAGUAAAAGCAGGGUUUAGUGAUCUCAAGGCUCAUUCUAACUUCCCCAGUUUAAUAUUAUUGUGGUUUAAUAGUGGUAUUUAUUAACAAAUACCCCUCAGCAGUGACAUUAGGUUUAUGGUACUUUUAUAUAUAUAUAUACUAAGAUUGUCUAAAUGCAGUACUAGAUUUUUACAAACUAUUACUUCAACCUUCACAUACAUUACAUCAUUAGUCAGGAUGACUCAGCAAAUUUAAGUGUGAGUCAGAGGACAAUGAGCUGUACCUGGUGUGUUGAUGUUGGAGGUAGAAACAUACGGUUUUCCAUUUUUUCUACCUCUAAUCAAAGAGGAGAUGGGGCUGCACACACACAUCAGCUCAGCUGACUCAACAUUUUUAUUUCAUCUCUUUGUUUUUAAGAAAACACAGCUUUCAGUGCACAUUAAACAGCUUGAAAAUGAAAUGUAAAUUGUGAUUUUUCAGGUCAGAGGUUAUUCAGUGAAAUUCGAGAGUGUUGCUACGAUGGCUUUCAGUAUGGACUUUAUGCCUGUGAAACUUGACACUGCAGGGUGUGUGUAACAUACACACUCUAUGCAAACAGUGAUAACACUGACUGUAACCUUGGUCCUGCAGCAGAAACCUUUGUAUUAUCCAUCCAUGUGCAUAUGUGUUAGUGUUUCUUUAUUUGCUUCAUGUCCUUGUUUUUGUUUACAGGACCAGUUCAGUCUGGAGCUGGUGGCCUUCCUGGCGUCCAACCUCCAUGUCCCUUUUAAAGACUGCAGAGUCCAAGAUCCUUGCAUGUAAGAGUGUUUUGAUUUUAUAACCUCAAACAAAUGUUCCCAAUCAUUAUCAUGAUACUCAAAGCUGCAUAUCCUUCAUAUUAUGAUAAUAUUUAUCCUCCCACAUGGAGCAUCUGUAAGUGUAAUCUGACACCUAUUUUGCUACUGUAAGCUGACACAGAGCGUACACUUAACAUAGCUGUCUUUUGUCUGCUCACAACAGGUAUUCAGAAUGAUUUAUGGGCUAGAUUUGUUACCCUACCAAAUCAGGAUCGAAUCUGGACUUUGACUGUAACCAACAAAGCUGUGCAGAAACCUGCUCAACAAGGUAACCCCCUCCUCCGUGUCUGCCUGUCUUUGUUUAUAAGGAGGGACCAGCUGUAAUUUAUCAGUGCUAUAAAGAUUAGGACACCCAUCAUUACAUAACUCCUUCCUGUUUUUGUAGCCUCCAAGACUCCCCUGGUGAUGGUCCACGGUUUUGGAGGAGGGGUAGGUCUGUGGAUCAGGAAUCUAGAGCCAUUGAGUCGGUCCCGGCCCAUUUACGCCUUUGAUCUUCUUGGCUUUGGUCGGAGCUCCAGGCCGUCCUUCUCUUCGGAUGCUGCCAAAGCAGAGGAGCAGUUUGUUGACUCUAUUGAGCAGUGGAGACAGUCUGUGGGCCUGGAGAACAUGAUUCUGCUAGGACACAGUUUGGGGGGUUACCUGGCUACCUCCUACGCCAUCCAGUACCCAUCAAGGUAAUAAUUUGAUACCUAAUAAAAACAGGAAACAGGGAUAUGGUUCUUCCUGAUUUAUCUAGGAUUUGGGAUUUUCUGACCCAAAGAAGUGACCCUUGAAUCAGACAGAGCAACAUACUGCGAAUGAAGUAGGUAAAUGAUAGGGAUGAGUAUUGAUAAGAUUUUAUUGAUACUGAUGCAAUUAUCAAUUCCGCUUAUCGAUCGGAUUCUGUAUCGAUUUCCUUCUCAACUCCUGUGAAUUUUCUGUGCACAAAAAGUAGGCUUUACAGGUUUUCUGUGUCAGCAGCAUUUUAUUGAGUUUAUAAGUAAAAAAAAAAAAAAAAAUUAAAUUGGUCACUGGAUCUGGAUAUCUCUGGAUGUAAAUAAAAAAAAUAUUGAUUAAAUAUCUUUGCACAUAGUCACUUGAUCCGAGAUCUCCGGAUGUAAAUAAAUAUAUAUUAAGACAAACUCAUCAGUUCUUGUGUAAAAGUAUAAGCAAACCUACUUUCUCAGGAAGGAUCCUUGAUCUUCAGGGCUGGUUGUAUCUCCAGCCACUGAAAAGACCCUCCCGGAUGAGGUUGAAGAUACUUGGACUAUAGCUUGUAUAUAGUAUGGACAACGUGGUUCAGCCUCCUAUCAUUGUACGAAUUUGAAGCCAAAAUGCUCUCAGUAUUUCCAGGAUCUUCUCCAUUUCCUGGACCCACCACUUGCGCAGUAGCACUCUAUGCAUUUGGCAAGAGAGUCGCUGUGAUGACGCUCAGCUCAAACAGCGUAUCCCCAAUCUUCUAACACCCAUAGGCUGUAUCAAGUGUCAAUCAUAGUAAAAGUGAACCCCCUAAUAACUUUUAAAAUGGAACUGCACAGAAACAAGAGGGCUUGAGCACAAACCAGUCUUUCAGUAACUACAUGUCAACAUUGCAACCAGGAGGGGAGAAAAAUUUAUAUUCUGUGUAAUUAAUUUCUCAUUUCCAAAUGAAACAGUUAUAAUACCCUAUUCAAUAUAAACUAAUUCAAAAACCUUAAACUGUUUCUGUCUCUCAGCAGGCUAUACAUACAGUCAAGCUUAAAGGUCAAUACUCCAUUAUAGGCACUAGCUAAUGGUAAACAGGUAUAAUCCAGUAAUGCUUACUUUAUCAAUACUAACUUGGUAACUUUUUCCACUUUGGUAAAUCAAUGCUACUUAUAAGGAUGGGGUCACAUUCUGCUGGCGGUGUUGAGCAGCAACUGAUACUUCUUGCAACUGCUUAGUUUAUCAAAAUGAAGAGAUCUUGGAAACAGUCUGAAUUACAGGAAUGAACCCUAAUUUGGUUUAUAAUCAAGAUUAUUUUUAGUUUUUUUUUUUAAUUGUUUCAAGACAAGAUGAGUUUCAUAUCAUCUUAGAAGGUAGAGCAAAUGUCAGGGAGAAAAUUUUCUUGGGGAAACAACAUUUGUUUUUUGUCUAAUCACAUGACUGAGGAAAAACUAAGAGCACAUGAUUAAUGCACACGGGGGUGUUUUACUGUGUGCUUGUGGAUGAAUGGUGCUGGAUGGGAGAUAAGUGGAGAAAGAGAUUGUAUCAGAAUAUCAUUUGAUAACUGUGUCGAAUAUCAAUCAAGUGUUUAGCUGAGGAAUGAAAAGAAAAAUCAGUUAAUUUCAUUUUAAACUGUCAUCAGACUCAGAUGUUAUGUUUUUUUGAAACGACUCUUUUUUGCAGUCUGCCUGUAAAUCUGCACAAUUUUAUGUGGUUUAUGUUUUCCCAGUUGCAGACAUUUUUUAAAACUGAUUUUGUUUUGGUUAGAGUUUGAUAUGAGCCAGCAGUUAGAUACCACUUGCUUGUUUGUAUAUAUAUAUAUAAAAAAAGCAGCCAGUGAGCUUAGCUUUGCACAAACACCAGAAACAGUGUAAAACUGCUCGGCUGACAAGACCCAAUGAUAUGACAGAGCCUUGCCAAUAAAUGCUCAGAAAAUAUCACUCUUUAAUCAUUUCAUACUCUUGAUUUUGUGCCGAGAAAACAAACAAUAAGUGAAUUGACCAUUGCAAACCACAUGUCCACUGUCUGGGUGAUGAAAGGAGGUCAUAAAGAGGUGAAUAUGAUCUAACAAGUUCAUUAGAGCCACUUGUUAUGGUGCAAUCAGAUCUCCAUUUAGUGUCCUCUUAUUUUCCACCUUCUUUAAAAAGUGUUUAAAAAGCUGCCCCUGCAAAACUCUUACUGAUUGUAUCUGUUACUUUUCUCGGCAGAAUAUCUCAUUAUUCUUGACCUAAUCUCUGUUCAUGUUAUUGAAAGCCAUAAAUAAGGAACAAAUAGUUUUCAGCGAGAAAAAAGUGGCCAGUGCUACAAGCAAAAGCUUCUUGAUGAGGUAGAAGUUGUUCAUCUUGUGUCAAGAAAGUAGCUGAGAAAUUUCUCUCGCUGCAUUGGCAGAUAAUUUCUCUCGCAUUGAACAAUGAAGUCCUUAGUUUAGUCAGGAACAUCACAGAGAUAAAAUUUUAAUCAGGGAUGCACAAGGUCCAGGUUCUGAACCCAUUUUAGUCAAUACUGAUAGCGGUGUACUCACACCUUUUUUCAUUUUGAAGAAAAUUAGAGCUGCUGAGAGGAACACUAGGUCAAUGUCAGGUUUGACACACCCUCUGGAUAAAGUGUCACCUCUAUCUUUAUUUAUUAUUUUUUUAUUUUUUCAGCCUGCUGAACCUAGACCCUUAUCUGGUCUAAAGCCUCAGAAAUAACAUCAAAAAAAUAAUCAUCCUUGUUGCUGAUGAUCUCAUUUGCUUCUGAAGGUCAUAAAUAGGCAUUAGUAUCGGUUCAGACUGUUUAUUUAACUCCUUAUAAAACUCCUCAUAGUGCCGUUAAGUCUCUCCUUCACAAGAAUUCCCCCCUUACUUUUAUUGUAAAUGUGUUUUAUAAAAAGAUAUGAAACAAAUCCUGACUUAACUAUAAAUUAAAUGUUCUCUAUUAGACACAGACAUUCAAAAAUAUUGUGGCUGCUAUAGCUUCGUUGACUGACUGAGGAUAGGGUUUUGCUAGUGUCAUGGGCCUCUGUUGUUCUUACUGUCCAGAAACUCUUGGUGCUGAUCAAUGACAGUGUUUGAGGAGUGUUGUUUUGCUUUUCCUCAUAUCAGUAGUGCCUUAUAAGCAUUGUUGUCUGUUUGUUACACUUAUUUUAUAAUAAGUGUUAUAAUAUAUUCCAGCAUAAAUUUAAGUUAUGGUCAAACACAGUGGCGGCUGCUGGUCUUUCAAUGAGGGGAAGCUCAUUUUUCUGGCCUACAUCAUAAUUGUAUUUGUUUAUUUAGUAUGUAACAGAACAGAGUCACCAAACACAACGGCAGUCGUUUUUAAUAAAGACAGAAGUCGCUGAGGAUCGGUAAAGUCUCCGGAGCAGUUAAGAACAACGGAAUGAAUGACUUGGAAAAUGCUCUGGUAGAUGUUUUAUUCUUCAAGAUCGCUGAUUCGCUUGUUUAGCUGUCAAUCAAAAAAGGAUUUCGCCUCAGACAGCUCAUCCAAUCAUGGAUGCAGAAGCUUGCAGUCCGGGAGAAAGUCGGGACCGCCCUCUCGCCAUAGAACUCCAGUGAAGCUUAGCUUCCAUUGGGCGGGACAAAGCCCAGCAUUUAUCCAAUGAGCGUCUAGUUUCGCUGCUGGAACAACCCACUUUUAGCUUCCACAUUGAAGUCAGCAGAAGCCCAGCGUCCGGCUGUUUAAAGCGCUGAGGCGCUGCGAGGAUGAAUGAGAACGAAGUUAUGCCGGUUACCUAUAAUUAUCAGCUUCUUAUCACAGUGUCUGAACAAAAGAUGAAGGCUUUCUAGUGCGUAUUUAGUUAAUGAAAUGUACACACAGCAGUACGUAUUUCACCACUUUUUCUUUUUUUUGGGGGGUGACAUUUUAAGGGAAGCCGAGCUUCCCUUGCAGUCUUAGAGCAAUCGCCACUGGUCAAACACACCGUAACACCGAGUUAGAUACCCCCUCGAGAGAUGAAUGUUGCAGAGCGCUCGCUUCUCUAGUUAUACCAACUUUAGUAACGACUGCAGGAUAGCAAUACACAGCGGUCUGAGGAGCCAUAAACAAACCUGCCUGGUUUCUGUAGCAAAGAGACCAAACACAGCUCACCUACUCUCCUCCAGCAGCCGCUUAUUUGUUGGGGAGGCCUGACAAGUCAAUCACUGAGUGCAGCAGAUCAUUUCCAUGAAGUAAUAAUCAGAAAUUUUCUGCUGCACUCGGUGAUCGCCCUUUAAAUAGUGCCACCAUGUUGUUAGUAAACAGGCAUUGCAAGUAAAUAUUCAAAGUAUUACGGUGGCUCUCCUGCUGCAGUCAAAAAUAUGAAGUCCUGUUUUUUUUUGGCCUCCAUGUAGUGGUACAGAACAGUCUGUCAGCAACAAGUAACAAGUGUUGACUGGCUGAGUGCAGGACCUUUUCACAACGUGUUGGCUGCUCUUCUCUUGCAGAGUGUCACAUCUUAUCCUCGUCGACCCCUGGGGUUUCCCUGAGCAACCAAAGACCCAAGGUGAGAAUCAGGGGACAAACGUGGUGAAGAGGCCGCCCCCUCCUCGCUGGGUUAAAGCUAUCGCUGCAGUGGUCUCCCUAUUCAACCCUCUGGCUGUCAUCAGAGCAGCGGGCCCAUGGGGUAAGGAAUACUACUCUUCAUCGUCUAAAUGUCCUGAGCAGUAAAACUCUUCCCCUCCUCUUACAGUUUGUUUUUGUUUUAGGUCCAGGUUUGGUGAACAGAUUCCGUCCUGACUUUAAGAGAAAGUUUGAAGAUCUGUUUGAUGACGACACUAUGACCCAGUACAUUUACCACUGUAACGCACAAACCCCGAGGUGAGCCAAAACAUACAGAGAGGACUUCUGGUAACUUUCAUCAUUGACUCUGUAUUUAUGACUCAAAAAUUCUGAUUAUUUGAGGCGAGGUAUGCGUACAGAGACAAACAAUUUGACCCCUAGUUCCACUGCAUGCAACUUUUGCGUCUCCUGUGGACUUGACAGUUUUUGCUUAUUUUGUCCUGUACAUGAUGUUGUGGUGUCAUAUGUUAAAAAAUCUCAUCUUACCAAACCAGUUUUAGGCCUCACAAAUUACUGUAUAAAAAUCAUCACUCUUUUCUUUUUUGGUCUUGUUUGCUUUUGUAUACAAAAAAGGCACCAAUGUGAAUUUCAGCCUAUUUUAUAAAAGUAAAAAAAAAAAAAACUUUUCAUAGGAUGGUUAUGGCUAUGGUUAUAAAAAAGAUUAGAGUCAACUGGGAAGCCCCUUUAUGACCUUUAAAAUCAAACUACAGCACCAGCGACGAGGAUGACCGUUUUUGUGUUGCUUUUUUAAUAUCUGUGACCACUGUGAGGAGGCAGGGGCCAGAAACAAUCAUUUACACCCUGUCAAAGAAACAAUCUUUUUUAUUAAACUUUUUCACAGCAAAUAUUCACAAUGAGUGAUACGCUUGGGUGAUGAUAAAAAUGGCAAGAUGAGAUGUUUUUGUCAGAAAAUUGUACUUCAACUUGCUCAAGAUAAAAUCAACAAUUAUGUAGGAAUUACCACUAUGUCGACUGGGGGCACCAAAUUUGUCAAAAAAGAGUAAGCUUUAAGCAACAAAAAGUGCUUGUUUUGCUUCUUACAUGCUCAGAAUGCAAUUGUAGGGCCUGAAAACAUGAAAUGUUGGAUCUCUACAGUUUGAAACAUAAAAUUAAGUCCUCACUUUAAGGGAAGUUAUGCUUUAAAAAACUUCAGAGUACAGACGCUAACUGAUCAAAAAUGUUACAGCUAUUGCCAUCUCGUCUAUAUUGAAAUAAUUCCUUAAAGCUCCUGUUUUUUGAUGUAUAUGAAACAAACUCAAAUUCAUAAUGAUGCCUUUUCUUGAUAUUCAAAAACAAAUCAGACCAGUGGCAACAUGAUUGAUGAUUUUUAUAUUGUAAUUUUUAAUGCUUAAUACUGGUGUGAGAGGGUAGGUGCGAGCCAAGCAGCUGAAGAAACAGCCCUGUUUUCUUUAUUUCCCACAUCAUAUUUUUGUCACAGUUAAUAAUGAAUUUGACUGUCAAGAGUCAACAUGAUAUGAUUUUAAAUAGAAAACACUACUGAAGCAUGUCAAGAAUAAGAUAAGCAAGGACUGCUCUACCCACAGGGGGGCGCCAAAGUUGACACAAACCAAAAAGUCCUCACAGGUCUUUAUUCAAGUAGUCAUUCACUCACUUAAACAUACACAAAAAAUGCACACAAAUAUAAGCAGGCAGUUUGAAAUAUAUAGUCAGAGAAGGUUUGAGGGUAGCCAUGGAAAAAGAAACAAGAAUAAAACAGUUUGUGAAUAAGGAGGUAAAAGAGCAAGAAUUAAAAACCAACCAACCUGUGAACACCCCUCCAUUUCCUCCUUUCCAGUGGUGAGGUGGGUUUCCGUGCCAUGUCUGAAUCUCUGGGCUGGGCAAAGAGGCCCAUGCUGCAGAGGGUUCACCUUCUGCCCCCCUCCAUGCCCCUCUCCAUGCUGUACGGAGCUCGAUCCUGGGUGGACAGCUCGUCUGGAGACAUGGUUGCCCACAUCAGAGAAAAGGCCUACACCAAAGUGCAGGUGAAUCGACUCAGAGUCACAAGAGGGAAAAUUAUACAGUCUGAGAUGAGCAGCUUAAAACUGUUGUAAGGUUAAAGGUUCCGUUUUUUCUUAAGUAGAGAAACCUCUUGAGGUUCGUCAUAUACUGUAUGAUCACUGACUGUUUGUGUUAUCUCUUUUUUUCAUGUCUUCCUCUGUGUAGCUGAUACAUGACGCCUCUCACCAUGUGUAUGCUGAUCAACCAGAGACAUUCAACAGAGUGGUAGAGAACAUAUGUAACUCUGUAAACUGACGGUAUAUGUAUGUAUGUAUGUAUGUGUGUGUGUGUGUGUGUGUGUGUGUGUGUGUGUGUGUGUGUGUGUGUGUGUGUGUGUGUGUGUGUGUGUGUGUGUGUGCGUGUAUGUGUGCAUAUGUGUGCAUAUGUGUGGAAAGAAAGUAUGCAGACAUUUCAUAGUGUUGUUAACGCUGUAACCUCUGCAUGUGAUGCAUGCUGGCUGAAUCUGCGUCAGAGCCAGUCCAUACAUCAUGAGUUUGAAUGAAAUGUUAGCACAAAUCCCGCCGUCAUAGUAACAGGUUAUUGUUAUCAUUAAUUUAUCAGCUGAAGUAUGCUUCUUUCAUUUUAAGUAAAAGAUGUAUUUAUACAUGUGUUUUCAUUCAUUCGAAGUAAUAACUGAUUGUUCAGAGCAAAGCUAUUAUCUUCGUGUCAUAUUUUUGAAGGGAAAAUACGCACAUCUCUCUGGAUGCACUGAGCUUUUGUGUUACAGAGCAGCCACACUGUGUCUGUUUGACACUUCAUUCAUGUGCCUGACACUUACCAUUAAGUACUGUAAGAGAUUUUUUUUUUCUUUGACCACUAUUUCUAUCUCUCAUCUGUCCCAGUCUAUCAAACAGCUGUUUGUAUUUUUUACAUUUAAAACAAUAAAAACUGAUUUGUCAAACUUAACUUCAGUCUGCAGCUGUAUGUGAUGCACUUAAUGACCCGACCAGUAGAGGGCAGUACUAAUUUCAGUAUUUUUUAAGGCUGUCAUUUUGCUUAUGCUUCUGUCUUUGAACAUGGACCAAAAGACCUGUAGUCAAAGUCCUGAACUGUUGAGUAAAAAGUUCCAAUUCAACAAUAAAAAUAGUAUUUAUGGGGUUAAAGUGGUACCUUUGCUAUGUCUUUAUCUUUCUUCUUUAACAAUACAUUAAAAUUGAUGAUGCUCACAUUUAGUUAAUUGACUUUAAAUUAAUUUGCUAGUGGCAUAUUCAGGCUGUUUUUAGGACAGGGGCUGAAAAACAUACAAAGGACUCUUGUUUUACACCAUGGGGCAUCAGCCUAUAGAAAGAUGUGAUGAAUGAAGAUCUGUUUCUGGAAGUAUUUUCGAGAACUUUUUAUAGCUUAUCACCCUGACCCACUUUGUUAUUCUGUGAUCAUAAGGCAGUUUUACAAAAAAGGACCAGCUUGAGCCUCUAAUAAAAAGGUUCUCUUCUUUGACAACCCUAAACAGUAGCUAGCCUUUGAUGUUUUUAUUUAUUCCCCUAACUCCUGAUAGCCACAGUGCAGGGUUCAUUUAAACAGAUCAGAGCCCAAAUAAGAAGAGGGGGGUCUGGGGAAAGUUUGAGCAUCUAUCUCUGGUGAAUACUUGCAAAGUGCAUAUGCAACACUUAUUGGUGACCUAAUCAUAUAAAGUUGACCUACAUCAGUGAUUGAAAAAAAGAAACAACAAUUUCACCUUAACCACAAAUUUAAAAAGAUCAGAGUUUUAACCUCAGCUGUCAAACCUAAACAUAUGCCAAAGAGCAGGGUGGCUUAUCAUCUUAUCAAAUUCUGUCCAUCAGAAGGACACUUAGAGGGAGAUCUGUCAUGAUUGAUCCUCUAGAGCAGCUACUAAAGCAAUAUUUCUUUAUUUUACAUAGAAAGGACACUGUCCCAAACACUUGCUCUUCAGAUACAAGGGUGCUAGUCCACCAUUGAUAUUCACAAUAACACAAAUCCAGAUCAGUAAACAAGGGUCAAAAAAAAGGUUCAGUGCUCGCGACAAGAAAAUAACAUGAGGUACACUCAGAUCAGAAAACACAGUUAAACAAAAUGAAACAAUAUGAAAAAAAAACAUACAAAGAAUGUGAAAUAAAAGCAGUAAAUUAUUUCUAACAUUUUAUAGGUGUCUUUGACUGACAUAAUGAAAACAAUAUACAGACACUUAAAAUAAUUUAUUUUUAUUAACUGAUUCCUCACAUACUAUUAGACUGAUACACUGACCUAAAGGGUCAAAGGUUAAUUCCACCAUGACAUAAUGAAUAAAAAAAUGAAAACAAUCUCCAGGCCUUUAAAUCCGUUUCAUUCUUGUGGAUGUAAUAUCUUAGAGAGCCCUGGAGAGAAAAUCUCAAACUUGGCGAUUGUCCACCUGGACUGGGAUGAGAUGAUUUGAUACUGAAGGUCAAAAGUCGAGAUCACUCUGACCUGAUGUUCAUGCAGUGAUCUUGAGUAAGAUAUGCCUGGAGGGAGUUUGAAAGCAUCUGGUUUAUUUCUAUAUCUUUUAUUUGACAAAGACCUCCUUUCACUCUAUCCUCACAUACCUGUUCACUCUGCCAUCAUGAGGAGACUGUCAUAAUGCUCUGCAGGGGUUAUCAGGUAUCAUGUCCCUCCUGUAAAUGGAUGUGGUACAAGGGCCUGAUCAAUCUGUCUUACUGUUUUGUUUUCAGGGUAAAUCAUCAAGUUUUUCUCAAAUCCAACAUACAAAAAUUCAUCCCACAUCCUGUCCUUGGUCGCACUGUCAAUGUGAGUAAAACACAGAUAAAUGUGAACUGCAGAGGCAGUUCUGGUUUCACACAAGGAUCUUUUCUCUCCUCAAUUUAGAGGGAUUUAAAGGAAAGUAAAUUCAUACUAUCUUCUAAAAUUUUCUAAACAGUUUAUUGAAACAAGUUUGGUAUACUGCAUGUUUCUGACUUCUACUCAGUGAAUGCUCAUGAGAAGGUUUAAACUGGUUGAAAAACAGUCUGAAACUGAUACUGACACUUCUUCAUGACCUUUGAUGACAAAUGAGACCAUCACAGGGGGGUGCCAAAACUGACACCAACCAAGUGUUCCUCAUAGAAGCUUCAUAUUCUAAAGUGAUUUAUAGAGCAACACGUUGAAAUGUGAUGCCUUCACUUUACCAUUAACUUUUUUUUUCUUCUGAAAACAAUAAUUCAUCACACUUCUCAUUUAUUCAUUACUCUAUUCUGGACAUUCCAAAUUUAUUCUCAAAGUGCUUGAUGAAAAAAAGCUUUGGCUUUCUACUCUCCUGUAUUCCUAACCCUAAAACUCUCCCUGAGCUCUUUUGAUAUACUCUAUCAUGUGAUUUUAGCUUGCAAUUAAGGAGUAACCUGAGCUUAUAAUUAUAACUUAAGUCUUGUAUGAUUACAACUUUGAUCUCUCAUGAUUCUAUGAUUUUAUUUUCUGAAGACUUUAUCCUUGUUAUUUGAAGUUUUGUUUUUUUCUUACUUAAUGCAAUUGUGAGAAACUCCUGCUCUGUGAUAUCUCUUGUGAAUGUUGUGUCUUCAGACAAAAACCCUGCCCUGUUGUCUAACAGUGAACAUUUCUCUCACUGUGACUAUUUGCCAUAGAAAAAAUAAGAAGGAUGUUUCUUCAGCUGACUGUCAAUCAUCUGGUGUGAACCUAUCCCCCUCACAACAGUUUCAGGCAUUAAAAAAUAACAACAAAGUAGACAUAUCUCCUGGUGCUGAUGGGCUUGUUUGCAGCUGAAUAUCAUAAAGAGGCAUCAGUUUUUGAGAUUGAUCCUCUUCCAGUUAAAAACCCUCACAGUGCCUUAAAUGUGGGCGCAAUCUUUUGUCAUGGAAAACAAUUACAAGAAAAAAUAAUUUCACAGCUGCACAAAAGGCCCCAAAUCAAACUGACUUUAAAACACUGAAAGAAAUACCUCACAGGCAGCACUUUGAGCCCCAUUUACGUUGUAUUUUAGAUCCUUUCAUUAGUAUCACUGAUAAGACUUUGUCAUAAUUCUUACAAAUAUAUCAUAAUUCUAAUUUCCUUGAGAGAACCUUACCAAAAGGAUAUAUAAAGUAGUAUUUAAUCUAAUUUAAUCUCAUCUCAUCUAAAUGUAAUCUAAUCUAAUCUAAAUCAGUUGUGGAAUGAGACCGGUGAACCCAUAUCUUGGUAUUUCCCUCUAAAAUGGACAGAGUUGGUAUAUAUGGAGCUCAAAAUGGUGUGACAAUGUUUGAGUCGACAUACUCAUAUAAUUACACAUACAUAUCAUUUUUGUCCAAGGCAAGCUCAAAA